AUGGACCGCCGCACGUCCUCCACGUGCACGAGCUUCUUGUCCAACGACGGCAGCGACGACGUCGUCGUGCGCUACCAGUGGAACGGCGAGUCCAUCGGCCUCGAGCUCAUGCGCUCGGCCGCCGCGUCCGACGACCACAUUGUCCACUGGGCAAAGGGCGCGCUGGGCGUCACGCUGAGCGUCGAAGAGACGUCGCGCCGCAUUGUCGUCACGCGCUCGAGCCGCAUCGACGUCCAAGUGGGCGACGUCCUGCGCCGCGCAGGGCCUGUGCCGAUCACCGAACAGAACUUUACGCAGCAGAUGGCGCUGCUCAAGCAGCAGCACGAACUCGGGGGCACGGGUGCUGCCGGUGUGCCACUGGUGUUUGGCGCGCCGCCGCCGCCCGUGCUCGUGAAAAAGUGCGCCGGGGCGCUGCGCGACGCGGGCGUUGGACCGACGUUUGAGCUGCGGUACGUCGACGGCCGCGUCGUGCGGUACCUCGAGAUGAAGGAGCUGCAGGUGCUCAUUCGCAACUCGCACAAGCCCUGCACGAUGGCGUUUGUCCAGUGCAAAGGCAAACAGUUCUACGACGUGCUCCAGCGGCAGGAGCACCAUCGACGGAAGCUGCAGCAAGUCAGUCAAGCGGCGGCCGCGAGCGCGGGGCUGGCGCUCGCGGCAGCGAUUGUCGUCAACAUUACAUGA